UCAGUUUUAAUUUUUGCAUUUGAUGGACAACUGUUUCUGUAACUGCUUCAAAGAACGAUACAGUAAAUUAACAGUAUAAUAUAUUAACAAUAUAUAUUAAAACUUGUCUUAAAAUGUCUCCCUUCUCUUAAAAAUAAAUUUAUCUUUGAAGUUUAAGUAGUCUUGUAAAAUCCACGGAAAAUGGCAAUGGAGUAACUUUCCGACCUGGGGCUGAUGUAUCAAUGGACAUUAAUGUAGCUGGUUUUGGAGCUGAAUCUUCUAUUGACAGAGCAAUGCAAAUGAAUGAGAAUUUUGCUUUGGAAACUGGGAAGCAGCCAAUUACAUUUGAGAAUCCUAUGUACGCAACAAAAGACACGAGAGCUGACAAUGUGAUCAUAGCAUCUCCAACAGUGGUAACUGCUUCCAGCAGUGAAGGAAACGAAAACUUUGAGAAUCCGGUAUACGCUACACCUGUAUCUGCUGAUACAGCUCAGCCUUCGGCAAGUACAGAAACAAUCCAGGAAUCAAAAUGGAGCUUCUUUAAAAGAAAAAUGAAACAAAGUACUAACUUUGAAAAUCCCAUCUAUUCAGAGAUGGAGAAAGAACAGCAAGGAGAAGCUGAAAGUGCCCCUUCCUCCUCUCCAUCACUGCCUCAGAAGAUUAUUUUGAAAAGAGACUCACCGUUAGCCUAUUCAGCGACUGAAGAUUCAUUUAAAGACACUGUCAAUCUAGUUAAAGAGGAUUCUAUUGUAUAACCAAUUCAGUUAGGGAAUCUCUAGACACAACCAUUUGCACAUACGUUUUUUGGUAAACAGAAGGAAGAAAAAUGGUUCAUAUUUCUGUGAGGAAAUAUUUUUAGCCUUAGAUGGAAACAUGUGUCAAACCAUGCCUCAUUGUUCUCUUCUUUUUCUCUUCUUCUUCUUUUUUUUACACACGCCAAUGCCUAUUUUUAUGAGUAAUUAUCACAGUGUACUAUAUGUAUAUCUUUGCACUGACACUCUGAAAGUAAUAUUAUAAAUAUGCUGUACAUUUGUAAAUUUCUAAAAGAUUAUCAGGUUGUUGAUGUCAAUAUUCUAAAAUCGUAUCACUAGGGAUAAAUCCUCUAUAUAAUAUAAUUAUACUAAAUAAUGUAGAGGAGAGCAUAGUGACCAUCUACUGAAUUGCCAAGACUUUUGGAACUAUAUUUAUAGGCAGACUCUGCUAAAUAUGCACUGGUGUUACUGUGCAUUUCUCUGUUUUAUAUGAAAAAAAAUGGCCCUUUUUUAUAUCAUAUAGAAGAUGACAGCUAAUUGUUCCAAGGAACAAAACAAAACAAAACAAAAUGGCACAAACUUUAUUUUGUAUUAAACGUUUGCCUUUUGAUUGGAGAACCUCCUGAUUAUCAGUGAAAUAAUUCCAUUCUAGACUGAAGUCUGUCUUUCACAUUUUAUUAAACCGAUAGUAACUGGGUAUCCAAAACACUUGAUUAAAGAACUGUUUUAGGAGGCAUAAUUUCAUCCCUUUGCGGAAAAUCUGUGUGCUGCUGCAGGAAUGUUUAACCUGCUGUUUUGUUUUAUAUUCCUGGUCUAACUAUUAAUGUAGAAGUCCAGGCUAAUAAAUUUAUAAUGUAUGAAACUUCUGCUCUUUGAAUAUAUAUUAAUUUUCAAAGUGAAAUGCUAUCCCUGUUUUUAUGUUUUUGUUGCCUUGAUGGGUACUGUGAUUAGAAAAAGAAAACUGGAAUAUGCUGCUGCUGAA